AACUGAUUGAGCUGCUGCUGGCAGUUCUUGGCGAUCAGAAUGCUACAUGGCAAGUCUAACAUGUUGUGGCAUGCUGCACUUCAUACCCAAUGGCUAGGGAGGUUGCACAGUAGCCCCAACCACCUCUUGAGCAUGAAAAGUAUAAAAACAGAAGUGCGGAUGACUGAGGCACUAAGGAGCUCAAGACCUUUGGUUUAUGGUGCUGCAAAACCCCAGACCAAGCUGCACAGAAUAGGCUACAGUACAUUAUAACAAAAGGGGCUACAACAAGAUAUUCCUACUUACUUUUCCUAUUAUAAAAGUUAAAUCAGUUCAAAAUGGCCCAAGAUGAAGCUUACUCCUCCCUGAUGCAUGGAAUACAGGAGCUCACAUUUAAAGGGCCGUCGGUACCCAGUGAGCUGCUGCUGAAUGGUCAUCAUGCAUUUCCUCUGGCUGUGAACGCCCAAGAUCAGGUCAUCAUAGCUGCCUCAUGCUAUGGCCUUGGCCGCAUAGUGGUGAUGGGGCAUGAGGCGUACCUUCAAGACUUCCCAGACCUAGUUAAGAAUGCCCUGGGUUGGCUUCAACCCUCCUCUGGGAGGGCUAAAGUAGGUGUCCAUUCCAGCUGCCAGCGCAUUAUGGGGAAUCUCUCUUCAGUUGAUGCUGAUGUCUGCCGAUUCAGAAGUGAUCUUGGAGUCUAUAUCACUGAUGCUUAUAAUAUAGAUCCAUUUGCUGAAGAGAUGGUGCGCUUCCUCAAGGAAGGAGGAGGGCUCCUCAUUGCUGGCCAGGCCUGGCACUGGCAGCAUACAAAUCCCCAUGCAAAUGUAAAGCUCCAAUUUCAGGGUAACAAAGUGUCUGGUGUGGCUGGUAUCUACUUCACUGAGACCUAUGGGUCUCAUGGAUCUGUGGCUGUGCCAUCGCGGAUGCCUUCCAGUUGGUCGGCAAUGGCGUUAGAAGGAGCCUAUUCCACCCUGAUGCAUGGAAUACAGGAGCUCACAUUUAAAGGGCCACCGGUACCCAGUGAGCUGCUGCUGAAUGGUCAUCAUGCGUUUCCUCUGGCUGUGAACGCCCAAGAUCAGGUUAUCAUAGCUGCCUCAUGCUAUGGCCUUGGCCGCAUAGUGGUGAUGGGACAUGAGGUGCACCUUCAAGACUUCCCAGACCUAGUUAAGAAUGCCCUGGGAUGGCUUCAACCCUCCUCUGGGAGGGCUAAAGUAGGUGUCCAUCCGACCUGCCAGGCUGUUGUUGAAAACCUCUCCUCCUCAAUUGAUGCAGAGGUCUGUCAAUUCAGAAGUGAUCUUGGAGUGUAUGUUACAGAUGGCCAUAAAGUGGGUCCAUUUACUAAGGAGCUGGUGAAUUUCCUCAAGGAGGGAGGAGGGGUCCUCAUUGCUGGCCAGGCCUGGUACUGGCACCAAGUGCAUCCUCAAGAAAAUGUUCUGCUGAACUAUACUGGAAACAAGGUGUGCAGUGUGGCUGGUAUUUACUUCACUGAGCACUAUGGAUCACAUGGACAGACAUCUGUCCAACCACAAAUUCCCCUCCGAUGGUCCUUUAAGUCGGUGAAGGGAUAUUUAAAAGAAGACCUUGACGUGCUGCUGGAUGGAGUCACGAAAUUUGAUAUCCGUGGUGAUGCAGUACCUUCAGAGGUCCUCGUCCAUGGCCCUCUAGCAUUCCCCAUUGGUACCACAUCUGACGGCAGGGCCUUCCUUGCUGGAUCGACCUAUGGGCAGGGCCGCGUCAUCAUUGCCACCCACGAAACCUAUCUGAGUCAUGAACCUUUGUCCCGCUUCUUAAUGAAUGCUGUGCUCUGGCUGGACAAGGGACGCAAGGGUCUUGUUGGUGUUUCACCCAAACUUAGCUGGGUAACAGAUCUCCUAAGCAGGUCAGGUCUGCAGUGCCAAGUGACUGACUUAAGUGACAACGUAAGUGUCUAUGUCUGCACCUCAUACAGUGAUGACCAUUGCAAUGAAAUCCAGAGGUUUGUUGCUGAAGGAGGAGGGCUCCUAAUUGGAGGACAUGCCUGGUACUGGGCCGCCACCAAUACUGCCGAAAAAACACUCAUUAAAUACCCAGGCAACCACAUUCUCAACCAAAUGGGUCUCUCCCUUCUGCCAGGGACGGUGAAGAGUGAAUUGUAUCAAGCUCAAUCAGGACGUGAAUUCUUAGAAGCGUACCAGUUCCGUCAAUUCCUGCAACUUGUUACCAAUUAUUUAUCUCAGAACCAGAGUUUCAGUGAUGAUCAGCAAGAAUGUCUGAAAAAGAUGGGACAAGAUUGUAUGAGUUACCUCUCUAUGUCUGCUCAUGGCUGCGCCUCUUACUCUUCAGUGCUGGAGAUGCUAGCAGACUUACUCAAGACAGGUCAAGUCCCACAGGUAUGUGAAAGCUGCCCAGUUAGAAGUGGUGAAGACCGUCUCCUUCUUGGAGUUGCCCGGCAUGUGUGUAAAGAGUGUCCAGAUCCAGAAGCUCUCUUGCCCUACAUCAUCAAGGAUAUCCAAGCUCUGGCAACUGUCAGUGACACCACAGUGACCAUCAGUGCUAAAACAGCAGGUGUCGAAGAAUGGAUCAGCACUGGUCUGUACCUGUCCCCUGGUAUGAGGACAGAUAUCGAGUUUCCCUCAAAUAUUGUGGGCAAAGGUUGGAAGGUGCAGAUUGGCUGCCAGACUGACAAUAUUAAGCACUUAGAUGAAUGGAAACGAGCACCAGUGGUAGUUGAGCGUUUCCCUGUGGAUGGUAACACAGUGCAGGUGUGGAACCUCUGGGGAGGUUUAAUCUACUUGGUUGCUCCACCAAAUUGUCACGUGGACAAUGUGAAGAUAUUGGUGCAGAAGGCUGUUCAAGCACCAUACUAUAAAUCUGGGGAGACUACAAUGAACCACUGGCUCCAGGAUAUAAGGAACUACCCUGCCCCCUGGGCUGAGCUGGAGUUUGAGAACCUAGUUAUCACUCUCCACUCUGACUUCAUCCGAAAUUUGGAACGGACGGAUUUGCUAGCCGAACAGUGGGAUGCCGUCAUGAGGGGUGUUGCUGAGUUGGCAGCCAAACCCGCCAAGUUCCCACGCAAGGAGCGAUUUGUGGCAGAUGUACAGAUCUCAGCUGGAUUCAUGCACUCUGGCUACCCAGUUAUGAUGUUCACUUCAUCAGCCCCUGACCUUCUGAGGCUAAAGGGCAAAAAAGAUCCCUGGGGGCCAAUCCAUGAACUAGGCCACAACCAGCAGCUCUCUGUAUGGGAAUUUCCCCCUCACACUGGUGAGGCCACCAAUAACCUGUGGUCUGUGUUCAUCGGUGAGACGGUGUAUGGGCUUGAAUGGGGUGAUGCCCAUGGGCAUCUGAAACCUGUCCGCCGGCAAAGUCGGGUCCAGGAGUAUAUUAAGGGAGGCCGUAAACUGGAAGACUGGAAGGUCUGGACGGCGCUUGAGACCUACUUGCAGCUCCAGGAGAAGUUUGGCUGGGACGCCUUUAAGAAGUUCUUUGGUGCCUACCACAACAUGCCUGAAGUGCCCAAAGAUAAAACGGGAAAGAUGAACACAUUUGUGAAGACCUUCUCCAAAGUGGUGAACAGGAACCUGACAUCAUUCUUCAAAGCCUGGAACUGGCCAGUAGAACCUGCAACUGAGUCGAAGCUCUCAAGUCUGCCUGAUUGGAGGGAUCAUCCAAUGGCUGCAUAUGUCUAAGAGAGUAAACUGAGAUUUAUAUUAGGUUCAGGGUGCUAUGUGGGCUAUCAUCACCAUAUCUAUUUAGCUUAUUUGUAUUGUACUGAGCAGAAGCAAAGGUUGCUAUGAAUAUAACUGGCAUCUAGUAAUUAUGUCCCUCACUCUAGAUACCUGCUUGUAAAUGACUUCCAUAACCCUAUAAAACAUGUGGACUAGCAUUAUGUUCACUUUGUACCUUUAUAACAGCUGUUAUUUUCAUUCUGCUUUCAAUAUCAUCAUUAUCUUAAAAUAUAUUCAUCAUAUCACUGCUGAAGUUAUCACAUUAUCCGUAAUCUGCAAUACUAGUCAUCACAAUUAAAAUAAUGUAAGCCUACAAUGAUAAUUAUAAUCACUGGCCAUGUAAGCCAGGUAUUCAGUGCAGAUGACAAGGCUUUAUUUAAUUAUUUCACUGAUAUGGAAGGAUGAUAUUAUUGAAUACAGGAAGGAUAUUCAUGUGAUAAAUCAAGAAUUGAAAUAUUUUGAUGAUAUUAACAUCACUGCUGAUGUUCAUGUAGUCUUUGACCUACUGACUGAAGUGGUCUUAAAUCUUUGUAAUCUUUUGUUUUGUCUUCUUUGUCUUCUGUUUGUUUGGCAGUUUUUUUCCCGAUGGGUUUUCUUACUGCAACUCUAAAUCAAUCUAUAAAAUGCAUCUAUAUUAAUAGCGUAGGCCUACAUAAGUAAAUUAACUGGGACUCUGAACAUGAAGUAAGGUGUAGCCAAAAACGGAAGUGUUGGUUUUUUUUCUCA